AUGGCCAAGAAGGCGCGUCAACGCAUCAGCUACGUCCUCGAGAAUGCCAAGUCUUCCGCCGGCGGCCAUCGCCUAGGCGUCAACGGUCUCGCGGUCGACGCGGGCAACGGUAUCCUAUACUCGGGUGGACGAGACGGCAUCGUCUGCGCCUGGGAUGUGAACCUCGCCCCUUCUCGAGCUGCCGCCCAGGAUGGCGCCUCCAAGACCGCGGACCAGCCCCCGACGACCGCCUUCCGCGCCCAGUGCCAGGCGCACAUGCACUGGAUCAACGACAUCGCCCUGGCGCAAAACAAUACGGCGCUGGUGUCUGCCUCGUCCGACCUCUCCGUCAAAGUGUGGCGGCCACACUCCCAGGAGGACAACACGCGGGCCCUGACCAUCGGCGAGCACGCAGACUACGUCAAGUGCGUCGCCACGCCCCCGGCCGACGUCAAUGCCAAUUGGGUCGCAUCCGGCGGCCUCGAUCGCAAAAUAUGUCUGUGGGACCUGAAUGGAGCCGGCAAAACGCUGGAGUUUGAUGUCAAGGGCGAGGAGAUCACCGAGAAGGGCUCUGUCUACGCUCUCGCCGUUGGGCGCAACGUCUUGGCCAGCGGCGGGCCGGAGAAGACUGUUCGACUAUACGACCCCAGGACGGGCUCCAGGGUCUCCAAGCUCGUCGGCCAUCUGGACAACAUUCGCUCCAUUCUGAUUGACGAAGCAGGCGACACCAUUCUGAGUGCCAGUGCCGACAAGACAAUCAAGAUGUGGAGCGUCAAGGGCGGUCGAUGCAUGUACACCUUUACCAUGCACGACGAGAGCAUCUGGUCCCUCUACUCGGACGACCCCCGCCUCGGCAUAUUCUACAGCAGCGACCGCUCUGGCCUGGUAGCAAAGACCGACGUCCGCGGGAGCCUGGAGGACAUGGACGAUGGUCUCAGUCUUGCCGUCGCCCAAGAGCACUUUGGCGUAUCCAAGGUGGUUGCCGCUAACGGCCACAUCUGGACAGCGACCAACAGGUCCUCCAUCAACCGCUGGGCAGACGUUGAUACGAGUGGCGACAUCAAGCUGCCAGAGGCUUUCCGACACCAACGGGCGGCAUCGGCAGCGUCCCACCGACCGCGUCAAUCAUCGCUGUCCAAGGUCGACGCCCCCAAGGACAAGGGGAAGGAGAUACCUUCCGAGUCUAUUCUGCGGCUAUCGAGCACGGCCGUCUUCCCCUCAAGGUCCACGCUUGACCCAGAGUCCAAUACCCUGAACGAGACCUUGGCCAGGAGGGGGUCAGAGGUCAUUGUCGAGCAGCCAGAUCCCGAGGUGAAGCCCAUUCAUCAGCUGCCAGAAGAGACCAUUGAGGGCCAGUUUGGUCUAUUGAAGCACAAAAUGCUCAACGAUAGGAGGCGCGUUCUAACUCUGGACACCGCUGGCGAUGUCCUUUUGUGGGACCUGAUUUCUUGUACCUCCAUACAAAGCUUCGGGAAACAGCACCUAGAAGACGUCGAAAAGCUGGUCAAUACCCGCGAGGCCGUGGCUCCGUGGUGCUCGGUUGAUCUCAGUUCCGGAAAUCUUACAGUGGUGCUGGAGCCGUUCAACUGCUUUGAUGCCGAGAUUUACGCCGACGAGCUCCAGCUGCAAGAGCCGAUUGAGUUUAGAGAAGACCAGAGAAUCAGCCUGGGACGGUGGAUUCUUCGUUACCUGUUUGCGAAUCUGAUCGACGAAGAGAUUAAACGAGACGAGCUAUACCGUCAGAAGCUAAACGAAGAGGUUGAGAAGAGACUAGCCGCUAGACGAGCCAACGCGCCGACAGUGAUCGAUAUUCCAGAACCUGGUCUGCAGGGGCAAGAUCAGGUUACGACACCCCGAGCAAAUGGGGCUCACCUCCACGUUCCGACACCAGGCCUCGGAAUCGGUCUCGCAAGUCCCGGCCCCGCUGGGAGUCUGCCGGGAGUCCCAGAGGAGGCAGUGGCUAGUCCGUCCGAGCGACGCAUCUCUGCAGAAAAGGACGACUACUUCUCCGCUGACGCAUCCGCCAAACCGGCUGCGACCCCAGCAACGGACGAAGGCAAGACAUCGACGGAUGAGAAGGGGAAAGACAAAGACAAAGACAAGGAGAAGGCCGGCGACGCUGCCAAAUCGCCCAGCACACCUUUCGGGAAGAAGUUUCGCAUGUCCUUCAGCUCCAAGAAGCUCGGUCGCUCACUGUCCCAAGCCACCCAGGAGAAGCCGGUGGUCACUGAGGACAAGGCCGAGGAGUCGGAAUCGUCCUCGAACCACGAGAAGGAGGUUGACGACAGCUUCUUUGGCGUCGUUCAGAAGAUCCGCAAUGAGUAUGACAAGCAACUGGCCGAAGUGCCGGACAAGCUCGUGGAGACGCGCGUUACGCCGAGUCUCCCUACCGAAACGCCAGUUUUGAAACUGCCCCCAGGCACAAAGGUCAUUAUUCAAGAGGAGACUUCUGGAGGUAGCGCAAAUCUCUACGAGGGCACCGUCGAAAAUGUCGGUCGAGAUGCCGACAUCAUCGAGCAGAAGGCGCCGAUGUGGCUGGGAGACGUUCUGCUCCAGAACCAGAUUCCUUUGAAGGACCCCGUCAAGAUUUCCUUCGUCCUGCACCCCAUGGGCGACCUGCUCCCCAUCUCUCCGGCCGACGGCACCAACAGGCUCAACGCGAACAGAAUGCUGCGCGUGAAGAAGAUCUUGGCGUAUGUUGCGGAGAGAAUCGAGGAAGUGCCGGAGGAGGAAGAGGAGGAUGAGGACGCGUUGCAGCCGGAAGAAUACCUUGAACUGUACUGCAACGACCAGUUGCUCAACCCGGCGAUGAGCCUGGCCACCAUCCGAACCCAUGUGUGGAAGGGCGGCAACGACGUCGUUCUUUACUACAAGGCGAAUGGCCGCAAGGUCAUCAAGCCUCUGAAGCAGCCCUCGGAGACGCCAGCCGCCGAGGGCGAGGGCACAACCCCGACCGCAGGCCCACCUGCGCCAGAGGCCGGGACCGCUGCGCAGUCGUCAUAG